CGAUGGCAAUGGCGAAAACGAAAUAGGAAGAAGACGAAGAACAAGAAGACAGAGACCAGGUAACGAAGCUGCGCGAUGGCGAUGGCGACGGCGAUGGGUGGAUGGCGAUGCCGGAUGGAGAAGUCGAUGGCGAUGGCGAUGGCGAUUCAAAUUCGCACGACGAGCGAGGCAAAGGGUGGCAGGAUCCGUCAAAGAAGAAGAAGAAGACGGAGGGAUUCAAGGAUAUUUACGAUGGACCAGCGUUGCCGACAUCGGACGACGGUUAUGGCGAAUGCGGCGGGGCGGCGGAAGAGGAUGAAGGAUGUGCAAGACGAAGUAGGAGAACCUCAGCGAGAUCCGAUGAUGAUGACGAUGCUUCUGGCCAAGGCGAUCGCGAUGGCGAUGUACACGUGGAAGAAUCAGAAUACUAGAUGGACUGCAACUAACGAUAGCAUGGGGCUGUACUCGUGGAAGAGAGGUAUUGUUGUAGAUAAUAAAUCAGCCAUGGCGAUGGCGAUGAUGAUGACGAUGGCGAUGGUGAUGGUGAUGACGAUGGCGAUGGCGAUGGCGAUGGCGAUGACGAUGCGCACAAGGAUGCUGGAUGGAGUUUGGUUGGCGAUGGCGAUGGCGAUGGCGAUGCACACGUGGAAGACUUCUAUUUCGGUGAUUGGAGUUUUGAAAGGGGCUGUGGAGGAUGUUUAUGGCCCCGUAAUCAAAGAAUAUCCAGCUUAUAAGAAGCCUUUAGAUCCGAGCCUGAGAAAUGUUCGCUUUGACCUUAAUCCAACUGCCAAGCUGAAGUACAAGAAAUAUUUGGAAAUUGACCUUCGACGGUUUGGCAGGGUCAAGAUGGAGGUCAUUGGUGUGGAGAUGCCGUGGUGUUCAAACUGUCGGUGUCAUUUUCAUAAAGAAACAGACGACACUUGCCCUAUAAAAAAGCAGAAGAUGGGAGAAGAAAACAAAGAGGAGCCUAAAGGGAAGGAUGAGGAGAAGGGGAAGGAGAAGGACAUGAGUGGAAAAGGGGAAACUCGGGAUAACGAAGGAAGGAAGGGGAGGGGAGACAAGGGAAGGAGUAUCAGAGGGAAUAAGAAAGGGUUAGGCACUUCGGAAGUCCGGAAAGGGGCGGACAAAGCGAAGACGGAAAAGGGGAAAUCGAAGAAGAAACCAACCUACAAAGAGGUGGUAAAAGGGGACCAUCGGGGAGAAAAGGAAGAGGACGGAUUGGAUGGAGUGGUGGAGGAAGGGGAGGAGGAAAGGCGAAAGAGGUUGGCAUCGGAGGAGAAGGAAGGGAAGGAGGAGGAAAAGAAGGAGGGUAACGAUAAACCGGGGGAUGACAGUGAAAUGAAGGAGGAUAAGAGGGAACAGGUGAAGAUGGAUAAGACGGACGGCAGGGGCAGAGAUGUAAUAGAGCACUGGGAAAAUUUACGGGCGCGGGCUUGCACGCUGGUUGUGCGGGGCCAUCCGAUCCUCACGUGGUCGCCAGUUCUGGGGAGCCUGUCGAGGCAGUCCUUGGGGCCCACGCCUUCGGGGUCCGCCACGUGGCGUGGGUUGGUGGGAACUAUGCCUAGAUGCCGAGGCUCCGGGGGUUCGGGUAUGGGCAUGUCAGCUGCAGCUUCUGCGCGGGGUGGAGGGCCAAUAAGGCGCUAUGGAAUUCCACGGUACUACUGUAAGCUGAUGAUAGGGGAUGAGGAGGUGGUAUGGCGGGAAAUUAGUGGUGAUAAGGACGAAGUCGGGGGUUAUGAAAUACUACGUGUUGUACGUGUUUGGGUAGUCGGGUAUCCAUGGGUCGCUUCGCACGGCGAGAUGGAAUUCCCUAGCGCAGAAUCUAUCGUUUUCCGUGAGGCAUGGGAACACCGGGUUCCUCAAAUUUUCCCGUAAUCGGAGUUGCUCUUCUUCCCAGAUUUCCCGGUACCCGAAAUACGACUCGUAAUCCUCGGAAUUCCAAGAUAUGUCGGAACUCCGCGAGCUCGUCAUUCUUUCAUCACUCACGCCUUGGGGGAUAAGUUAAUCGGGGAGAUCACCGCUCCUGUGUGGCUUUCUGUAAAAGGAAUGAAUUUGUCAACAAUCU